GCUGACAUGCCCGGACAAAGACCCAGGAAGGGCCCCAAGGCUCGCGGCCAGGGGGUGGCGGCAGCUAAGCAGCUGGGACUUUUCAUGGAGUUCAACCCAGAAGACAUGUUCUUGGAGGCCGAGGACUUUGGGGACGAUGACGGGGACCUGGAGGCAGAGCUGUUGGCUCUCACUGGUGAUACCGGGACCCCAGAGAGCAAGGCCAGGCCCAAGGGGAAAGCCCCCCUGCCAAUGGCACACAUUGAGAAGCUUGCUGCCGAAUGCAUGCAGGACGUGGGAAAUGAGGCCUCAGAUGAGGAAGAUGAAGCACUGGAGACAGAUACAGACCUGUUGGCAGAGCUACAGGAGGUCCUGGGAGAGGAGGAGAAGGAGGAGGAUGGAGAACUGAACAGCCCCGAUGAGGUGGUUCCCAUGCAGGCCUCUGCCCCAGCAGGCCUUGAGGAAGUGCCCACAACAAGUGGGCUGCAGGGGCUACUGGAGGAACGAAUUGCUAACUACCAGGCAGCAGUUACCAGUGCCAAGGAGGCUGGGGAAGGGGCCAAAGCCCGGCGGUGUGAACGAGGCCUAAAGACUCUGGAGACCCAAUUGACUGCCGUGAAGAAGGGCAGAAAAAUCAAUGAGGAGGAGAUUCCACCCCCUGUGGCCUUAGGGAACAGGCGAGAGCUGCUCCUUCCUACAGAGGGCAAAGGCUGUGGGGAACCCCCAGCUGCCCCAGACCUCCCAGCUGCCUCAGAUUCCCCAGCUGCUCCAGCCCCCACCGCCACCCCAGCCCCCACAGCUGCUCCAACACCCCAAGAAGCAAGUGCCCUGGAGCCAGAUUCCCGGAUGAUGCUACUGACCCGGCAGAAGGAAUACAAAGCUGCCGCCCUGAAAGCCAAACAGGAAGGGGACCUGGAACAGGCCCGAGAGUACAUGAGGAUUGGCAAGAAGUUUGGUGCUGUGCUGGAGGCACUGGACAGAGGGCAACCUGUGGACCUGAGUGGCAUGCCUCCUACCCCUUCAGAGCUCGAGGUCCCCCAAAAAGCCCGGCCAGCCCCAAGCCCUGCCCCACUGGAGCACUCGAAGCCUGUGAUGUCGGCCCCUCCCCCAGCCCCAGGGCCCCCUACCCAGCCCCAGACGGUACUGGAGGCCUUGGGCCAGAGGCUAGGCAAGUACCAAGAGGCUGCAGCCCAGGCCAAGAGCAGCGGAGAUGAGCGGAAGGCCCGCAUGCAUGGGCGCAUCGCCAAGCAAUACCAAGAUGCCAUCCAAGCUCUCAAAGCUGGGAGGAAAGUGAACUUGGCUGAACUUCCUGUCCCCCCAGGCUUCCCUCCUAUCCCUGGCUUGGAGCCUCCCUUGGGCCCUGAGGACAACCCCUUGGCAACUGCCUUGAAGGCUGCUCAGCUGUUGAACAGCCCUGAAGAGAAGGAUGAGGACGAGGAAGAAGACAAGGAAGAAGCCCUGCCCCAGGCCCCAGUGGCCAAGAAGCCAGCUCAGAGGCCUAGCCAAGCUUCCCAGGUAGCCAAACCUUCAGCCACACCAUCCCCUGAGUCCCAGGGCUCUACCUCCCAGGACACCUUGUCCCCAGCAGCCCAGGAACAGCUGGCCUUGCUGGAGAGCCGAAGACUCCAGUGCCAGCGAGCAGCUCUCCAAGCCAAACGGGCUAAAGACCUGGAGCAGGCUAAAGCCCACCUUCGGGCUGCCAAGGCUCUGGACAUGCAGAUUGCCCUGGUGCGCAGCGGCCGUGCGGGCAGCAGCAGCAGCGGGGCCAAGCUUGCUUCCCCUCUGACAGACGAAGAUGGUGGCUUCGUUCUCAUUUGCCAUGAGGACCUCGGGCUCUCCCAGAAGGCCGAGGAAGUGUACGCCCAACUCCACAAGAUGCUAAAGGAGCAGCAGGAGAAGUGCCUGCUGUACUCCAAGCAAUUCAUGCACCAGGGCAAUGUGGCAGAAACCACCUGGUUUGAGAAGCUGGCCCAAGACCGGAAGAAACAGCUGGAGAUCUUGCAGCUGGCCCAGGCCCAGGGCCUGGACCCUCCAAGCCACCGCUUUGAGGAAAAGACCUUCCGGACCGUGAGGAUCUUCUCAGAGCUCAAUAGCACCGAGAUGCAUCUGCUCAUCGUGAGAGGAAUGAACCUCCCUGCCCCGCCAGGUGUGACUCCAGAUGACCUGGAUGCAUUUGUUCGAUUUGAGUUCCACUAUCCCAGCUCGGACCAGGCCCAGAAAAGCAAAACCUCUGUGGUGAAGAAUACCAAUUCUCCAGAGUUUGACCAGCUCUUCAAGCUGAACAUAAACCGGAACCAUCGAAGCUUCCGCCGGCUGGUCCAGAGCAAGGGAAUCAAGUUUGAGAUUUUUCACAAGGGAUCCUUCUUCAGAAGUGAUAAGCAGGUUGGGACGGCCCAUCUGAAGCUGGAGCGGCUGGAGACCGAGUGUGAAAUCAGGGAGAUCCUGGAGGUCCUGGAUGGGAGAAAGCCAACAGGGGGGAAACUGGAGGUGAAGGUGAGACUCCGGGAGCCCCUGAGUGGACAAGACACGCAGAUGGUCACCGAGAACUGGCUGGUCCUGGAGCCCAGGAGCCUCUGAGCCACGCCGGGCCUCCGGAGCUUCGGCCCCACAGAAGAUGCUGCUACCCCGAGCACCAAAGACUUGUUAGUAACUGCACUACCCACCGCGCUUCACGCCCCGAGAGCCCGGAGCUGCCCCGGUGCCGUUGGGCCACUGAGUGGCGGUGACGGACCCUCCGCCCUCAGCACAGGAGCCGA